UCCUUCCCGCUCCCAGCGGGUUGUUGGCUCCGGUGCUGCUGAGGAGAAAUAAUGACAUCCUCAGACCUGGAAGAUUUGAGCCUUCACAUCAACACAAAGAUUUCAGCUAUUAAGAAGACUCUUCAGUUAAGGAACAUAGGUCAAGAGCCAUCCCUCAAAUCUAUGCUCUGUAAAAUAGGGCAGGAGAUGAUUCUCUUGCAUGAUCUCCUGAAUAAAAUGGAAACUGGGGUUCAACAGCAAGAAAAACUGAAGAACUUGCUAAAAGAGCUCCAGAAGUCUGCUGAGAGGGAGCAAAAUGAAGCACAGCAUCUCUAUGAAAAUAUUCCUCCCUACCUGCCUAAACCAACUCGGAGCUGCCUUGCUGGGCAGAUUGUGAAAAGUGAAGAACAAAGCAAAGUUGUGGAACCUGAGCGUGCCAAAAAACCCCCAAAAGAGCAAAGACCCAUUAAGGAAGCAGCUUUAAUAACUGCAGAAGAGUUUGAAAGUGUUCCUGGGUACAUGAAAGGACGUUUGAGCUACGAGCAGAUCAAUGCAGUUGUGCAAGAGAUCAACAAGGCUGUGGUGGGCAAGUACAAGAUCCUGCAUCAGCCUUUGAAAUCUAUGAGUGCCCAAGUCAGGAAUCUCUACCACAGGUUUCAGGAUGAGGAAACUAAGGACACAAAAGGUGAAUUCUUUAUCGUGGAGGCUGACAUCAGGGAGUUCACUCAGCUGAAGGUGGACAAACGCUUCCACAGCAUCCUCAACAUCCUGCGCCACUGCCAGAGGCUCAGGGAGGUUCGCGGCUCCAGGCUCGUCCGCUACGUCGUCUGCUGAAGAGCUCCCCCUGUGCCCGAGAUG